CACAAAGACAACCAUCACCAUCGUCCUUUCAUUGAGCUGUCUUUUGGCUUUCUCCUGCUUUGUUACUUCCUUCUGGUGUAGUAGCUCUAGCUAGCUAGAUAGCCAGUUGCUCUGCUGCGAUCUUUCUCUCUCUGAAACGUGCGGAUUCGGUUCCAUUGCUACUCUAGCCACAGUACUUCCUUGGUUAUAGAGUCACAAACAGCCGACAAUCUGCCUCUUCUGGUCCAGCCAAGUCUGGGUCAUUUGUCGAUCGGUUGCUCGCACAAUCUACUCCAAAACGAAAACAAAAAGUGCUACUACAAAACUCUAUUUUUUAAUUUGAUUGAUCGACCAUGUCCGACAGCGACGGCUUUAUCGAAGACGACAGCGGCGGCAGCGACAGCGACAUUGUCGAGACGGCCAAGAAGAGCAAAAAACGCAAAUCGGACGAUGACGAUGCCCCUACGAAAAAGAAGAAGAAGAAGAAAUCCAGCAAACCCUCGUGGAUUGACGAUGCCGCGGAAGAAUCGGGAGAAGAAGGCGGCGACAGUGACGAUGAAGAAGAGGAAGACGAAGACGCUCCCAAUGACUAUGUCAAGGAUGGAUUUGUGGUGGACGAAGAAGAAGAAGAUCGACCGCGUCGGAAAUCGGACGAUGGAUUGGAAGAUUCGGAUGAAGAAGAUGACGACGAUGAUGACGAUGACGGUCGACGCAAAAAGGGAAAACUCAAAAAGAAAAAAUUGCGCCGUAUGGACCAAGCACUCGAUGAAGACGAUUUGGAUUUGAUUCGAGAAAAUCGUGGAGAAGAUGUCGCCGGAGAAAAGAUCCGACUCGAGCGAGAGCGUCGAGAAGCCGAAGCCCGUCGCAACAAGAUUGUCGCCAAGAGUGAAGCCGAACUCCGCAAGGGAUUAUUCACCGGCAGUGAUGACGAAGGGGAUGUGCAAGCCCGUCGUCGAGAGGCCAUGAACAAACACAGACGACAGCAAGUCGAACGCUACGAUGAAGAUGGAAUGGAUGACUUUAUUGAUGAUGAUAUUGGUGAUCAAGCUGAUAUUAUGAAUUCGGAUCUACGUGGUGCAGGAGCAGAAGGACGCCGAGGAGGUGUCAGUGAGGCACAAAUGAAUGAAGCCAGCGAAAUUUUUGGUACUGAUUAUCUGGAAUUCAUGGCAAAUAGCACGGGAGAAGCGCAAGCAGGAAACGAAUAUGACGAAGAAGAACGGGAAUUGAUGGGAAAACGAGCAUCCUAUCGAGAAAAGGGUGUCGGUGUCGAUUUGGGUGUCGACAGUGAAGAGGACAUUAGUGACGAUGAUGAUCUAUUUGAUCAGGAUGAGGACGAAGAAGAUCUACCUCCCGGAGUCACGGCCGGUCAACGCGCGGAAGCGCUCAAACUCAAACGCCAAAAGAGAACUCUCGCCAAGCAAGAACGCCGCCAAAAGGCAUACAAACGAAAAAUGGAAAAACGAAAGGCACAACUCCGCAAAGCAUUUGAACCGGUUCAACUCAUUGAAAAUUUCUGCACGGAUCGAGAUGACGAAAUUCGCAGAUUGGAUGCUCCCGAACGAUACUAUGAUUUGGUACAACAACAAGAAAUUGAAAAAUCCAGAGACCGAUUCCCGGAGGAGGAGGCGCCCAUGACGGAAGAGGAACAGCAGGAGGCUACAUGGAUCAUGCACAAUAUUCCCUCCAUUGCCGCCGAGUACCGGACAUGCCCGCCUGUCGAAGAAGGACGGGAUAUGAACGAGGUCAUGGAACAACAUCAACAGGCCAUGAUGGAAUCCGUAGUGUACGCAUUGCGAUACAUGCUCCGCGAUCAUCUCGAACCGGCUUUUAUUGAACAUUACCGGGCCGAUCGAGUCGCCAAAGAAUCGGUUCGAUCCAGUUUGUACGAAAUUAUGGACGAAGACGCCGAAUUUGAACGCACCAAGUUGGCUAGAACAAAGGUCGAAAUAUUGCUCGAAACUGUGACGCUCGAUACCAACAAGGACGAGGCUGCGGGAAGUGAAGAAGAACAAAUUUCGCAAUUGGCCAAAACCAUUGAAGAAGCCAGGGCCAAAUUAGAUGAAUCCGUCAAGAAGGAAAAUACCCUCAAGGCGGAGUUGGAGGAAAUCAAACAAGCUGCAGAAGCUGCGGAAAAGAAUGACGAUGAUGACGACAACCUGUUUGGUGCCGAUGACGAUGACGAGGAGGAAGCCAACAAAAAGAAGUUAGAGGAAGAAGAGAAAAAGAAGUCACGGGAGAAGCGAACGGCGGAUUUGGAAGAGCACAUUGAGACAGUACAUUCGCUGUUGGAGACCCGAUCAGAGAAGGUCUCCCAGCUGGAAAAUCAAUUGCAAAGUCUCCAAGCUCGGAACGCCCAGUCUCUGGAAAACCAGCGACCGGCGCAACAGGUAACAAAGAAGAUCUGCCGAGCUGCCUUGUGGAACACACAAGACUACCGUGGCUACAUUGGAACGAUUAAUGACGUGAAGAACAUUGUGGAUGUCAGUGGGUAUCUGCAUCUGAUUCAAGAAGGAAAUGAUGCUAUUCGCAAGAAAGAACUACCGUGGAGCACUGGCACGGAUGGGAAGGAUAAGAAACGUAAACGCAGUCGACGUUUCGAUCGUGACUUUUACCGAACAUGUGUGUCGGAAGGAUUGAGGUCAAUCUGCUAUCGCUUCUUGUUGGCGCCCAAUCGGGUGGGAAUCAAACUGGAGGAUCAAUUGACACGAGGUGGAUUUGACUUCACCCGAACCAUGCCAGGGGAAACGAGCGGGGAUGGCGAGGGAGAGGCAAUGGUGGAUCCUCAAAAAUGGGUGGCGACUGUCAUUCCUUCCCAAAGUCCUGUGGAGUUCGCCAACGAGCUGGUUGGAAGUGGAGAAUUGGUUAUGUUAUCUUCCGCAGGGUCUGGAGCCGACGCGACAGAUUCCAGGGAUCCAUUGAGGGGGUGUCGUUACGUUGCGGCAAUGGAGUUGGCCCACGAACCCCGUAUUCGCAAGCACCUGCGAAAAAUCUAUCGGCGUUUGUCCUGCCUGACGACGCACCCUACCAAAAAGGGAAUGGAAUUCAUCGACGCCUUUCACGACUACUAUGGGCUGCACCUGAUCCGAAAUAAGCCAAUCAAGGAGCAUUUCCCCAUGGACGAGACAGAAAGUGAACUUCGCAAGUCUAACUUGUCGCCGGCAGAAUGCGCCGAAUUGGAUAAAGAGAUGGCCAAACGAGAGCGGCAAUCGUGUCUUCAGUAUCUUCGCUUGAUGAAAGCGGAAGCGACGAACGAUGUAGAAGUGCACAUUCAUUUGCCGCUCUUGGAAUCACCCGAUGACUGGUACCGCCCUUCGUCUUCGAUCGCGUUGAACAAGAAGAAGCUCACCAGCACCGACAACCAAGACAUCAGCGCACUCAUGACCGAGUUGGAAAGGGUGUACCUGCCUCCUGACGGUGACACCGAUGAGUGGAAUGAAGAGCGUCGCAAAGUGCUCCGUUUCACUUUGACGAAUUUUCUGCUGCCACAGUUCGAAGCUGAGAUUCGCCGCGAGCUGAAAGAUCUGGCAACUAAAGCGGGAGUGAUAGCGGCGGGAGAAGAGUUGGAAAAGAUGGCCAUGGAGGGCCCCUACCGUCCGUCUGCCAUUGCCCACACAGAAAACAGAUUCCUUUAUCCGACUGGAGAUCAACCAAUCGUGGGAGUGUGCGUCUCGACCGAUAACAGGGAGGCGACCUACUUGGUAUCGCUGACGGAACGUGGGGAAAUGGGUGACCAUCUCGCAGUCCCUGGCGGUACUCGAGUGGACUCUCCAAAGAUGCGCGAGAAGAUCAUCACGUUCUUUCUGCAGCAUCGGCCUUCCGCCGUGAUUGUCGGGACCGGCGGCGGGUUCAGUAGUCGCUUCAUCACCCGAAAGCUUGGAGACAUGAUUUCGGAGGCAGUGAAUCGCUGGAACAACAGGGAAAUCCAAGGCGAGGACGAGGAUGACGAAGCAUUUGAAGUGCGCCGCAAGAAGUUGGACAAUAUGGUCAGCAGGGAUCCAUACGGCGAUUAUGAUGACGAUGACUACGGCAUGGAAUGGAAAUGCAAUUCGGAUAUUAUUGACGACAGCAUCGCACAGCUCUUCGGUCGGAGCGUCCGAUCCAAGAAAGAAUUCCCCGACCAGGCAGUGAAUCUUAAGAUUGCCAUUUCCAUCGGACGUUAUGCUCAGGAUCCGCUCUCAGAGCUGACAUACGCAUGGGGCGUUGCCAGUGAUGCUGGUGUUUUUGGGACUGAGCUGUUAUACAUCAAUAUUCACCCAAUGCAGCAGCUGCUGCCAAAGCCGAUGCUGCUUCGGAACUUUGAACGAGUGUUGACUGGUGUUGUGGCGAGGGUCGGAGUUGACGUGAACACCUCCUGCCAGUUCGACCACUUGCACGGCUUGCUGGGUUUUGUCCCUGGACUUGGCCCCAGAAAGGCAGCAAAUCUGAAGAUGAACUUGGCUCCGCUGGGUGGUUUGGUCACGAGGAGGAAGGAUUUGCUUGAAAAGAGGCUCAUGGGCCCUGUUGUGUACAACAAUUCGGUAGCAUUCUUACGCAUUCGAGAUGUCGAUCAGCUUGAUGAUCAAUUCCUGCACCCGCUGGACGAUACCCGCCUGCAUCCGGACGUUUAUAUCCGAAAUGUUUGGGCAUCGAAGAUCGCUGUGGAUGCUUUGGAACGAGACGAUUCGGCUCAGGCGACGGAAGCCUUUCGAGACGUCAUGGAUGAUUCGCGCAAGGAGGUCGAACGUCUUUUCAAGGACACAAAAGCCGAAUGGGAGAGUCGUUAUGGCCAUACAUUCAACAUUCCUGAUUGGAAUCCUCGAAAGAAUGUCCCUGCGGAUAUGUGGCGUGACAAGGUCGAAGAACUGGACCUCGAGGCCUUUGCCAACAUGAUUGAACAGUCUGGAAAGGGCAGGUGGCACAGCCAUCUCCAGAUGAUCAAAUGGGAGUUCCGCCUUCCUUUCUGUGACCCGAGGAAACCAAUGGAGCCUUUAUCGGGCGACAAACUAUUCCGGCUGAUCACGGGCGAGACGGAUCAGACGUUGCGUCCAGGAAAGGAAAUUACUGGUAAAGUUGUGAAAAACGGAGACUUCGGUUCUCGCCUCAAGCUUGAAGGCGAUAUCCCUGCGUUCAUCCCACUGAGGAACCUUGCAGAUGAGCACGUUGAGGCUGCUGAGGACAUUGUCAACGUUGGUACUGUCGUGACUGCCAUUGUGACGGAAGUGAAGAAGGACCACAUGGUAGUUGACAUGAGUCUCAAGAUGGAGGAUUUCAAGAAGAACCCUGGUACUUGGGAUCGUCCUCCGACGCUGCCUCCACUGGAUGACCAUUUCGAUCGAGGUGCUGCACAUCGAAUUGAAGAACAAAAGAGCAGGGAUCGAGAUGCCCGCAUGGAAGCUCUCAACCUCAGCAUGAACUCGGCAAGGAUUGAUGGCGAUGGUUUGGGUAAGAAGAAGAUCAACCGAGUGGCUAGGCGUGCCUGCGCACAUCCGGCCUUCCGGAACGUCAAGCAGGAUGAAGUUGACAAGGAAAUCCGCGAGGCAGGCGAGAUGAUGGUUGGCGAGGCACUGAUCCGACCAAGCAGCAAGUCAAGUGAAUCCUUGGCCAUUCACUGGGUUGUCAAAUUGGGUUCUGUCAAAGUAGUGGAGAUCACGGAGGAGGAAAAGGAUACAGACGCCAGCAUCGGCAAUGUCCUGAAGAUCAAGAAUGAAACAUACGGGAGUAUUGAUGAGUUGCUGGGUAGGUAUAUUGCCCCUAUGAACGAUUACGUGGAGGAGUUGACGAGUCACAGGAAGUUCCUUGAUUUGCCCGAAGAUGAAGUGGACGAAAAGCUGCAAGAGCUCAAACAGAAGAACCCAGCCAGUAUCCCGUACCACUUGUGCUGGAUGGAAAUGCACCCGGGUUACGCCAGCCUUCGCUUCGUCUUGAGCAAAACACCCAGACAUCAUCCUGUGGGUAUCUCACCGAAAGGUUUCAAUUGGGGCUCGCAGUGCUAUUCCAAUUUGGACAAGCUGCUGAAUGAGUUCAAGAGGAACCCUCGGGGCGUUUCGACCAAAUCAAGCAGAUCCUCAUCAUCACCACCACGCAACAACCCAGCACCACCGCCACGGCCCUCGAGAUGGGGUGCAAAGCCGCCGCCACCUUCUUUUGGACAGCCACCACCACCCGCGGCACCGGCUGCCCCAGCAGUUGGAGGAAGUUCUGGUUGGGGUGCGCCACCACCCCGUCCCCCGCCGCCUACUUUUGUUCAAGCGCCACCGCGACCCCCGCCGCCUACUUUCGGACAGCCACCCCCGAGGCCACCGCCUCCGCCGAGACCCACAUUCGGCCGUCCCCCACCUCCGCCCACAUUUGGCCGACCCCCUCCUCCUCCUACCUUUGGCCAGCAGUGAUAUUGCUUAUCUACUAAAGAGAAACUGUUAAUGUCUGCUUUUACAUUGUAGCAUCCCUGUCUACGUCUAGUACCAGGUAAAGCAGCCACCAGAAGCUGGCCAGAUGGUAUCUAGCCGGUUCUCAAGGAAACAAGGAGAAAGCAGACUUGUUACUUCAGUGCAGAACCAUUGGAUGCAAUCACUGAACCCAUCAGAAUUCCGUUAGAAUUAUCCAUCACCAAGGGACGCAGCUCCUCGCAUUCCAAAUGAAGGUUUGCCGUGUGGGAUUGUUGUUGUUGUUGUUAUCGUGGAAGACGUUUGUUACGACUGACUCGACUGUCAGUACGACUCGGGUCUGACUAGCUGCACCUUCCGAGAAAGCAGAGCUGCCUGCUAUUGAGGCUUUGCAGCUUGCUCCUUCAGUGCAGAACGAUUCAAUUGCUGAAGCCAGAUUCGAUUUGAUCCUCUAGAAAUUCUAUUAGUUGCACCUUGCUGCGAAGAGCUGUCUGUCACAACAGCCCAGAUUGUGGCGGGCAGCUUUUGGAUGUUGCAGUCGAAUCUGAAUCCGCUUGGAUAGAUGGCCUAAACGACAAUGCGGCCAUGCUUGCAGUGCUGUAAACAAAAUUAAGAAUGGGCCCUGUUUUCGAGGUCUGACGAACUAACUCUGCUUGUAGGUGAUAGGGCUGUGCGCCUUGAUGGAUUUCACAUGGACCAACGCUUUGUCUGGAAGUACCAAUCCCGUCAACUGUUUCCCGUAGACAGCACCUGUAUCCAAACCGGUAGCCCAUGCAUAUUGUUGCAAACCUCGCCGUGCAUCAUGCCCAAAAAUGAUCUGCCAAGGUCCCUUCCACGCGCUAGCCCAUGGUUCUGGAUCUAACCUUUCCGAUUCCUGCGACUUUUCAUCAAAAUCGGUGUACUCUCCGGUGCUCGCUUCCUGGCAUACUUCUCGCAAGGUGACCAUAGUCUUGAUCGAUUGUUCCUCAAGAGGAACCUUGGGGAUCAAACCGGCAUGGACAAUGAGCACAUCUUCCUCUCUUGCAUCACUCAGAACAGUGCUAGGGAUGUGGAUGGUGUAGGGCAAUUCCGACAUCCACAAGACGUCCUCAUCGGAGAGCACCUCCAACGAUUCUGCUUCAGUUGCUGCCAUUACCCACUGAUACGUCUUCUUUUGUCUCCGUGUCUCAUCUCCCAAGGCUGCCGCCAGUGCUGCAUCAUCGUGAUUGCCUCGAAUGGAAAACCAUCGUGGAGUCUUGCGCACGUGUUGAAUGACCUUGGCCGAAAAAGGACCCUUGUUGCACAAAUCUCCCACGAGAAUGACACAGCGAAAGGGACGAUUGUCGUUGUGUUCUGUCUUGGCCUUUUCAUGCAGUAGCAUCAGUUCUUCGUAACAGCCAUGAACAUCUCCAAUCACGAGAAUUUUGUCACUGGCAGCGUCGUCGUCAUCGCUUGUUUCCUCCAUCAAGUCGACCAGAUUGGCAUGCAUCGUCUUGGGCAAAGGAAUCUUGCCACGGCGUUGGAAAUAGUGGUCUGCUUCCGUUUCAUAGGUUCGUUUGGCAGUACUGCUUGGAGAAGUGCACGUCUCUUUCCCAUGAUGGGACGAGGUUGCCACUACAUGUCGAGAGAAACUGCGAGUGGUGCCAUGGCCGUUCAAGCUUUUCUGGUCUGGCUCUCGCGACUGAUCUCGUCCACUAACUCCAGUCAACGAUGCAUAGGCCGCAGAACCUGUGAUUCCAGCGGAUGCCAACAACAAGGCGUGCUUCAGCGCCUUUUGUCUCAUCGCGUCUCCUUCCGAGCGCCAUUGUCUCUCUUCGACCUCCGUUUUCUUCGAUCUGUCCUUCGCCUCAUCCGUUGGAUCCAGCAAUACGUCGUUUGGGGAGAACUCAUUAGGGCUUAGGCUACUAGUAACAUAUUUUAAGUCUUGGUGUCUGUCUGCAUAACUAAUGACUACGAGCAACUUCAAGCAUUUUGCAUAGUUUUAUUAAUUAAAAGAAGAAUGAUAAGCAUCAAAGUGAAUGAAUUCCAAGAUCUUCCGCGCGACGAAGUUCGCGGAUCAAUUGGAGGGGGUU